AUGGACCCAUACGGCAGCGGCCCACCUGCGUUCAAUCUACAACAGGCCACACCGCAGCUACCGUCAAAUGUGAAUGCUCUCCCUGGUGCUCUCACACCCGGCGGCUCCCGGCCUACACCCUCAGCUUCUUACUCCCAUAGCCAUUCGAGGAGUCUAAACCAGACGCCUUCACAACCACUGCAAUCUUCGAAUCCCAAAGCGUACAACAUCUCCCACACUCAGACACCCGUAGGCCAUCCUUCGCACAGCCCACUCAACCUUACAGACAUCCGCUCACGAGCAGUGUCCGACGCCAAUGAGGGUGCUGCUGGCACAGGCACCCUCUUCUCCUACUCAGAAACACCAACGAACUCGAAUUACCUCGCUCCAUUUCCUACAUAUGCAUACGACUGGUGUAAAUGGCCUGUCAUGGGCGGCAGCAGCGCCGGCAAGAUGGCCAUAGGGAGUUACCUAGAAGACCCGCACAACUUCAUCCAGAUCCUCGAUACGCAGAUCACGCCGCAAGAUGUCGCGAGUCCAGGGCAGGCGCCUUAUGGUCUGGAGUACAACAAGAUAGCAGAAGCCACAUGCGCGUAUCCUGUGACAAGAAUACUGUGGGAACCACCGAGCUCGCAAAAGACGAGCACAGAUCUGUUGGCAACGAGCGGCGACCACUUGAGAUUAUGGAGUCUGCCUCAACCCACUACACCGCACACGAGCAACAUCAAUCGAAGCGCGAUUGCCAAUUCAAGGGAUCCCGCGCCGCAGAAAUUACAGCCACUUGCACUGCUUAGCAACAGCAAGACCCCUGAACAUACUGCUCCUUUGACUUCCCUGGACUGGAACACGCUUUCGCCGAAGCUGAUCAUCACAUCUUCCAUCGACACGACCUGCACAAUAUGGGAUAUACCGACACUAACAGCCAAGACUCAGCUCAUCGCGCACGACAAGGAAGUGUUUGAUGUACGGUUCUGCGCCGGGUCCGUUGAUGUCUUCGUGUCCUGUGGUGCAGAUGGCAGCGUGCGUAUGUUUGAUUUGCGAAGCUUAGAGCACUCCACUAUCAUAUACGAGCCUGCGGAGAAGUCAGACAAAAGCUCUUCACCUUCUGGAUCAUCUCCUACGAAAGCUCAGGCGCAGACAAUGACGCCUUCACCACCUCUACUACGGCUAGCAGCUUCACCACACGAUGCUCAUCUCCUGGCCACUUUCGCCUCAGAUAGCAACCUUAUCCGAAUACUAGAUGUACGGCAACCUGGAACAGCACUACUCGAACUACGCGGUCAUGCUGGGAACCUCAACACAAUCGAAUGGAAUCCCAGUCGAAGAGGGAUGCUCGCGUCUGGUGGAGAUGACUCACUAGUGCUAGUAUGGGAUCUUCUCAACGCAAACAACCAAGCCGCCAUCCCAGCUCUAAAUGGUAACGGCACAGCUGCUGUUCCUGGCGAAGUACAAGGAAAGGGACCUUUGGCCAGCUGGCGAUGCGAAUACGAGGUUGGAAAUGUUUCGUGGGCGCCGCAAAGUGGCUUGACAAGCCAAGGUGGCGACUGGCUGGGUGUCAGUGCCGGGCGUGGUGUUUGGGGCGUCAAGUUAUGA